CGCCGCGUGGUUCGCGCUUCGCUAGUGACAGGCAAAUAUUCACCCCUUUGUUUUCCCGUAGAGACAUCAAAGGUGGAAAAAAGAAUCCUAAAGAAAAAAAAUCCCAUUCGGAAAUGGCCUGCCGUUUUUACACCCACCACAUAGGUUUGACCAGCAUUGCAUAAUCGUCGAGCACAUGAACCUGCAUCGUAACACCAUUUCUGCACGAGUUGCUCGACACAUCCCAGCAAAAGGCAGAAGAAGAAGAAAAACCCAGUCGCGGGGGUUACGGUCCACAGCCUGACAGACAUGCCGCUGCCGGAGAAGUCCCGCGUCCCGCCUGCUGCGAAGCCCCGCUUCGGUAACAACUUCGAUCCCUACAACUCCAACGCCACCGGCCAUCAGCGUCCAGAAAACACCCCGGGCGCGACGACGGGGUGGCGGACCAGCCGGGCCCGUAAGCUCUCGGAGCAGUUCGCCAGCGGGAACUCGGGUGGCAUUCGCAUGAGCGACACUUAUGGCGCUGGCAGCGAGGACUUUGACGAGAGACUGAAGAUGGUCGUUCCCAAGGACGUGAAGGCGAGAGCGAAGAUUAGCGUCGCCGAUAUGCUCGCUCGACCGGGGCUGAUGAGGAGCGGCUCCUCAAUCUCCGAUUCGGGGUCACUGGCAUCCAAUACAUCUGCUGCAGGUGGAAACCCCAAAAUGAGUGACGAGAAGAUGCUCGAGGCUCGCCGGAGGGAGGACGAGGAGAAGGGGGCGAAGAAGGCCGUCGGCCGGGGUUUGUUUGAGGACGUGACGGUCUACGUCAACGGGAGUACACACCCCAUCAUCUCCGAUCACAGACUGAAGCGCGUGCUGGUCGAGAACGGCGCGCGGGUGUCCAUCCACCUCGGCCGGAGGCAGGUCACGCACGUUAUUGUCGGGAGACCGGCAGGCAUGGGGUCCGGGGCUGGCGGAGGGCUCGCGGGCGGUAAGCUGGAAAAGGAAGUCCGCAAGGUCGGCGGGUGUGCCGUGAAAUAUGUCGGUGUUGAGUGGAUUAUGGAGAGCCUGAAGGCGGGGAUCAGGCUGCCAGAAGCGCGGUUUUCACCCCUCAAAAUUGCCCGGGAAGGCCAAAGGAGCGUCCAUGGCAUGUAUGGAAGCCGGCCCACCAAGGUGCCUUCCACGCAGUUGGCAAGUUAAGCAGCCUUCUGUCCAGGGGGUUUAAAAUAUACGACGACUCUCUAGAGACCGCCUCUAUGAGAGGCUCUUUUUGUAUGGAAAGUGCCGGGAAUGGGACUGGGGGCAUAACGAUACCAGGCAUGGAGUACGGGCAUAUGGCGGUUCAGUAUACGACGCAUUGGUUAGGAGUCAUUCGUGUUUUGGGUCGCCUUCUUGCAUUACACCAUACCCGUAAAUUCUCGUCCCACGACAAACAGACCAGCCUCUGUCGUCGAUUUGUCUUGUGACACAUCUGGCGCAGAAUCUCUGUGGCGCCAAUCCCACUCACCUUGCCCGACGACCAUCAAAGAGUAGCAAGUCACCUUGCCUCCCACGCCACGCCUCGGCCUUGAACAAGAGGUUACACGCCGGACGGCUCACUGGCAAACAUGGUACGACGACGCGACUCGGUACGGGUGUUGCGGGUGUUGCGGGUGUUUGGUAUCCCCAGCCCUCGUCCUUUCUGUCACGGCUACAGACUGGCACGCGUUAUUAGGACCCAUACCGAAGGUCCUCGCACAGGGUUACAACGACGAGGGACCUUGGAGCGGGAGGCGCAGCCCAAUGGAUCGUGAACGGGAGGAAUGGAAUACAGUACGGAACUUGUCGAAUUGUCCCGAGGCCCUGCGGGCGCAUGUUGCGUGCGGUGACGGUUUUGUGUCGCACAAUGAAUCUUGCCGGCGGAUAUCUCUCGUACCUGGGAUGCACCGUUUGG